GAACAAAGCGAAUACAAAUGAUACUUAAUAAGGAUAACGUGGGAGUUCAAAAUACUAAUUAACUUAGUAACAUAAUGAGGUCUAAGGUAAAAGUAAGGAUCCUGGCGUCAUUUCCUCGUUGUAUCGCAAUACUGAUACGUUGUGCGAGGAAGCCGCCAGCUCUUCGGUCACCAGUUACGUCAACCAGACGUUUCGCGAUUUUUCCAAAUAACUUGGGCGCGCUGGGACCCCAUGGACCUAGAGUUUCAACUCAAAUGGUACAAAAUGGUAUUCUCUACCGAGGCUCUUAUAUUUAUUAUAUUUCAAAAUUUCGGCGCUUUCCGCCGCUGCGCCCGCUUUUACAUUAGUCCGUUGGAGGUGGGACGGUGUGUCUGCGCAGGCAGCAUCCGAAACUAACAUUCGUCCCAAGCUCCAAGGAACUAAGAACACCCCAUCAGGCCUCUUGCCAACAUCCCUGAUAAUGCCAGUCGGCUCAAGAAGAGCAGGCACAUUCAUGGUGGCAAGAGAUCGACGGAUUAUGUCAUUAAGCGACGCAUGUCUUGAAAAACGACCUGUACCCCUAGUGUAAACUUAUUCGAUAGUGAAACGUGACGUACGCGUUUGCGUUUAGUCUCAUUUUAUAUGGGGAUUAGAAACAGCGCACCAAGCGAGACGUUUUGGAAACUCAAAAUCCCAUACAAAAUGACACUUAACGCAAACGCGUACGUCACGUUUCGCUAUCGAAUAAAUUUACACUAGGGGCUCUGCACUUUUUUGACAAGAUAUAUAUAUUGUUCCACAUAUUGUAGUAAUUCAUUAUCUAAAGUGAUGUUUGAUUUUCUGUAAUUUGACAUGAUUUUUGUUUUAGAAAUGUUUAUUUCAAGACCUAAGUACCUAUAAAAAUAGAAGUUAAAUAGAACGGAAUAGUCUUAUGUAUCUUUCAGAUCUACAUGACCUUCCUUUUGUCUAAUCAUUAAUUUUAGUGUCGAAAAAAAACGUGUACCUUACCUAACUAUUGGUAUUUUUUCUGAAACACGCCUUGUUACUGUCGUUACUGAACAAUGUGAAUUAUAAAUUUGCAAAUGUAUAACUGCGAGUAAUGCGAGGUAUUGUACAUCAGUGCGCGGUUAUUACACUGAUGAAAAGCCGCACGCUGCUCCGGCGUGUGAGCGAGACAGCGCUAUGCACGUGUAUGGCGAUGUCCCGCUCGCAAACCGGAGCGGCGUGCCUGUGCAAUUCGCACUGCAACCAAUGUGAAGACCACCGUAGAGCUGUAAAUAUGUAUAAGUUUUUUUUAUCUCAUUCUAAUAAUGAAAACAAUACACUCGAAAUGUAUGUAGGUAAGUACUUGAAAAUUAUUCUGCCGUGGUAUCCAUCAACCACCACAAUUUAGUAUCUCUUACAUUGAUUUAUGAAAUCAAUGGAGGCUUACCUAAAUUUAAUUUAAUAUUUGUCUUAGUGUAGUUCUACCGAAUUAUUCAAAUAACUAAAUGUUUACCAGAAAGUUGUGCAAUUUGAAAAAGGAUGGUAUUUGGUCUCGCUACACGGGUUCUCAAAAGUAAGCUACUUAAAUACGCUAAGGAUGGAGCUACGACUCAAGAAUGGUGCCAUGUCGUGUCCCGGGCUGAGAAGACCGUAGGCGGUCCCACCUCCUUCGACCCUCGCUGGCUCCAAGACGACCUAGCUGGUACCGCCAAUCAUUUGCAAAAACUGGUCGAAACAAAUCCUCUUCUAAAGUCCGUCAAAAAACAAUUGACCAGCUCCAAGAGGAAGUUACAACGUGGACUAAUAAUCCUCCUCGUCUCCAAGAUGGCCGGAUUCGACACUAAAAGUUUCACCAAGAAUCAAUAUGAUUCAGGAAUACUGCACUCCCAACGUGCCCUGGCUAAGAUCCUCGAGAUGCAAUGCACCAGCCACAGGAUCCACCAAUCCAUUGUCAACUUGCAGGAGAAGAAGAAACUCGGAGAUAAUUACCAGCAGCUACUCAACGGGAACAAAAUUCUUCUCUUAUUAGGAGACGUCAUACUGGCCAGAACCCUGCUAAAUUACGGUGACGUGGGCAACAACGACGUGUUCGAACUUGUCUCCAGUGGCCUGCGGGACCAGAUCGAAGGGGAGUUCCUGGGUGAACAUGGGGCGGACAAUCAUCCUAUGCCUUCUAAGCCUAAUGUGGGCCACGAGCUCAAACCCUACGACUGGGAGAGCGAAUACAACUUGGAGAAGCUCGGCAGCAACUCUUACCUCGGGCAAGGGAAGGACGAGUGGGUGCUCCGAACCAUGCUCCAGUCCGGCAGCAUCCUCGGAAAAGGCUGCCAGGCGGCCAUGAAACUCGCCCGCCGAGGCGAAGAGAUGGAGCGAAACGCGUACAUACUCGGCGGGCAUCUCGCUCUGAUUUGGCAAUUGUAUUUCGACAUAAAGGACUUCUUCACUAAUCGGUCGUAUUCCUUAGUUAGCGCGCCAGUUAUCAUGGCUCUUUGGGAGUAUCCCUCCAUCUACGACCACUUAUUGUCACAGAGGCCUCUAUGCUUAAAAGAGUUGAGCUAUGCGGUAUGUAGCACGCGCUGUCUGGAUGUCCUCUCCAGUCUUUUGGAUGAGGAACUGGCAUCCAUCUUGAAAUACAGUGAUCGAUUACCGGUGAAUGACGCCCGCAACGCCCUUCAUAACAUUGCUUGGACGAUCUAUAGAGAAGCUGUGAAGAUUAUAGAGCACGAAAUAAAGAAACAUAAUCAGUAAAAACGUUGUUUUGCAAGUAUUAAAUCAAGAGAGAUUUGAGAAAACGAAAACCAAGAUGGCUGACGUUCAUCCUCGCACGGAAUUUGCAUCGGCGACAUUCCCACGGCACCAGACUGAUCUCUAAAUCAACGCUUCUUACGAUAAAGUGGCGAUUUUAAUAAAUAGUGUGGAGCGGAGCCAUAAAAUUGGAAUCCAGGACUUAUAAUUAAGAUUUGAGCUUUAUAUGGAAUCGAGAAUAAAUAUCGCUUAGGUACUUAGGUACCUACUAUACAACUGAGUACAGUCAGUAGCAAAAGAUUCUCAACGGACGAGGCCUCUUCCCCCGCUGACUCUCAGGGUUAAAAUGAUCUGGGGGCCUACCUCGAAAACCAAAAUUCGCAAAUUGCGGGGAUCUUUCUCUUUUACUCUCACUAAGACGUAAUUAGAGUGACAGAGGUAAAAGCCCGCAAUUGACGAACUUCGAUUUUGGCGGUUAUAGCUCUGAACACGCUCUGACUUCAUUAACCUUUUAAAAUAUCAUUACCUCUCGCUGCCUUAAUUUGCCUUUAUUUAUUUAAGUGUAUGUAUCAUAUGUAUGUAUGUCAUAUAUAUAUUUUAUUUAGUAUAAUUCUUCUACAUAUAUAUUCAUGCUUAAUAUGUGAUGCUGUUUCUAUUAGUAUUGUUCUAAUCUCGUAUCAGCACUACCCGUUCAUUGUUGUAAGUUAUUGGUUUCCUGCUACCCAAAGGUUAUCUGGAAGAGAUCGCUUUUGAGCGAUAAGACCGUCUGUUGUUACCUAUUGUAAUGUGUGUUUUUUUCUGUCAGUAUUCCCUUUUCAUUAUGUGGUGCACAAUAAAGAAUAUGUUAUUAU